AGGUCCCAGCCAUCUCCCAAGGUCCUUUACUCGGCUUUAACAUCCCAGCGUCAGCUACAGGGCGAGUGGUUACAUACGGCGCCAUGGGGGAGUGGGCGUUCCUCGGCUCGCUGCUGGACGCCGUGCAGCUGCAGUCGCCGCUCGUGGGCCGCCUGUGGCUGGUGGUCAUGCUGAUCUUCCGCAUCCUGGUGCUGGCCACCGUGGGCGGCGCCGUGUUCGAGGACGAGCAGGAGGAGUUUGUGUGCAACACGCUGCAGCCGGGCUGUCGCCAGACCUGCUACGACCGCGCCUUCCCCGUCUCCCACUACCGCUUCUGGCUCUUCCACAUCCUGCUGCUGUCGGCGCCCCCGGUGCUCUUCGUCAUCUACUCUGUGCACCGGGCCAGCAAGGAGCCGGGCGGCGCGGCCGGCGGGGCGGGGUCGCUGGGGCCCCCGGGGCGCCCGGAGGGCCGCGGCGCGCGCCGCUGCUACCUGCUGAGCGUGGCGCUGCGCCUGCUGGCCGAGCUGGCCUUCCUGGCAGGCCAGGCGCUGCUCUACGGCUUCCGCGUGGCCCCGCACUUCGUGUGCGCCGGUGCCCCGUGCCCACACACGGUGGACUGCUUCGUGAGCCGGCCCACCGAGAAGACCGUCUUCGUGAUCUUCUACUUCGCCGUGGGGCUGCUCUCGGCGCUGCUCAGCGUGGCCGAGCUGGGCCACCUGCUCUGGAAGGGCCGCACGCGCGCCGGCCACUGUCGCCAGGCGGCCGAGCGCGACAACCGCUGCAACCGCGCGCACGAGGAGGCGCAGCAGCUGCUCCCGCCGCCGCCGCCCGCCCUGCCCGCCAGGCGCCCGGGGCCCGACCCCUAUGCCCCGCCCUCCUACGCUCACCGGGCGCCGGCCUGCGACAGCGAAGGCGGCAGCGGCCGCAGCAAGGCAUCGCUGGCCACCGUCCGCCAGGACCUGGCCAUCUAG